AUGGGGUUGCUUUGUUAUGGGUCGGUGGGGGGAGUAAUGGCUUCUCUUAUAUUGGUUUUCUCUGUUAUGUGGGUGGGAGGAGUUGGGGGAGUUGGGUUUCAUGAAAGGGGGAGUGUGAUGAAGUGGAGUGGAAUUCCUACUGCGUUGAGCUUAUUUGCUUUCUGUUACAGUGGACAUUCAGUCUAUCCUACAAUAUAUGCAUCAAUGGCGGAUAAAACCAAGUUCUCUCGCGUUUUGUUUGUCAGUUUUGCUGUCUGCACCAUCAACUAUGGAGUAAUGGCAGUCGUGGGAUACCUCAUGUUUGGCCAAGCUACAAAAUCUCAAGUAACAUUGAACCUUCCAGUGGAAAACAUGAGCUCCAAAAUUGCAAUCUACACCACUUUGAUCAACCCAUUAGCCAAAUAUGCUCUCAUAAUUACCCCACUUGUGAACGCCAUUGAAGAGUGGCUCCAGGUCUCAAAGAGCAGAUUCAUUGGCAUUCUAAUCCGGACUGUAAUCCUGAUUAGCACUGUAAUUAUAGCACUAACUGUGCCAUAUUUCGGAUAUGUCGUAGCUCUUACUGGUUCUUUUCUCAGUAGCAGUGCAACAAUGGUUCUGCCAUCUCUGUGCUACCUUAAGAUAUUUAAGAGUUCCAGGCGUUGGGGUCUGGAGUUGGUGAUGAUUUUGGCUAUUUUGGUGGUGGGAGUUUUUAUUGCAGUGAUUGGAACUUAUGUUUCUAUGAAGCAGAUUGUAAGCAGUCUAUGAAAAUAAGAACUAUAUAUUAUCUGAACAUAUUAGAUGUAUGAGUAUAAGAUAUAUAGAAAUGAGAAUGAUAGUAUGGGCUUUUUGAGAACGAGGAAUAUGUUGAAAAUUGCAGAAAUUUGAGAUUUUAUGAAUGAA